AUGAUACCAACCAUCAUGGCUGGUGUUGUUUCCUGUAAGCAGAAUUCCUUUGUCUGUGGUCUCCUUUUCCUUUUCAUGAUCACAUCUCAAGCCAGCGCCCAGAAUAGCUUCGUAUCUUGUGAUAACAACAAAGGGAACUACACAGCCGAUAGCACUUAUCACACCAACCUCAACACCCUCUUAUCCACUCUCACUUCCAACACACAAAUCGACUACGGCUUCUAUAAUUUCUCUUACGGCCAAAACAGUGACAAAGUGAACGCCAUUGGGCUGUGCAGAGGAGACGUUGAGCCAGACGAGUGCCGCAGUUGCCUCAACGAUGCCAGACACAAUCUCACACAGCUUUGUCCAAACCAGAAAGAGGCUAUUUUGUACCAUGAAAAGUGCAUGUUGCGCUACUCAAACCGCUCAAUAUUUGGCCUCCUGGAAAUUAAUCCUUCUUAUUAUAUGUUCAACAUAAACAAUGCAACGGAUGUUUACCGGUUCAAUCAAGUGCUUAGCAACUUGAUGAGGAUUCUAACAGGCGUAGCUGCAUCAGGUGACUCUCGUCGCAAGUAUGCAGCGGGAAAUACAGUUGCUUCAAAUAAUCAAACCAUUUACGGUGCUGUGCAGUGCACUCCUGACUUGACUCAACAAGACUGCUACCUCUGCUUGGUUGGGGCUAUCGCAGAAAUCCCAACAUGUUGUGGCGGGAAGAUAGGUGCUAGAGUUGGUAGACCCAGUUGCAAUAUCAGAUAUGAAAAUUACAGCUUCUAUCAAGAACCUACGGUAUAUGCCCCAGCACCAGCUCCGUCACUGUGA